GCCGAGCCCGCGGGCGGCCUCUCCCUCAUUCGACCUCGCGCGCAGCUAAGAUGGCGGCCGCGGUGCGCGCGAUCGGCAGCCUGGGGCGCUUCACGGCCGCCAAGUACGGGCCGGGGCGCCGCGCGCCGCCCGCCGGUUAUGCUUGCCGUAACAUCUCCACCUCCCAGGCUCUUCAGACCAGAACCCACGUUAGCUAUGACAUCAAAGGGGACGUCGCUGUCGUACGCUUCAACACACCCAAUUCAAAGGUGAACACUCUAUCCAGACAGCUGAACGCAGAGUUUACCGAUGUAAUGAAUGAGAUCUGGGCCAACGAAGCCGUCAAAAGCGCCGUCCUCAUCUCUUCAAAGCCAGGCUCUUUCAUUGCCGGAGCAGAUAUCGACAUGAUUGAAGCCUGCAAGAGUGCUCAGGAAGUGACUCAGCUCUCUCAGGAAGGACAGAAGAUGCUUGAAAAGAUUGAGCAGUCUCCAAAGCCCGUGGUCGCUGCCAUCAGUGGCUCCUGCCUGGGAGGAGGACUGGAGGUGGCCAUCGCCUGUCACUACAGAAUAGCAACAAAGGACAAGAAAACAAUCCUGGGGACACCUGAAGUGUUACUGGGUCUCCUGCCAGGGGCGGGGGGCACUCAGAGGCUGCCCAAGAUGGUGGGGAUUCCAUCUGCCUUCGAUAUGAUGCUGACUGGGAGGAACAUCCGCGCCGACAGAGCAAAGAAGAUGGGGCUGGUGGACCAGCUGGUGGACCCGCUAGGGCCGGGCGUGAAGACUCCAGAAGCACGAACCAUCGAGUACCUGGAGGAGGUGGCAAUUGACUUUGCCAGAGGACUUGCCAACAGGACGGUGUCUGCCAAAAGAUCCAAAGGGCUAAUGCAGAAGAUUACAGACUAUGCCAUGGCUCUUCCAUUUGUGAGGCAGCAAGUCUACAAGACGGUGGAGGGCAAAGUUCAGAAGCAAACCAAGGGCCUGUACCCUGCUCCGCUGAAGAUCAUUGAGGUUGUGAAGACCGGCCUGGACCAGGGGCGCGACGCUGGGUACCUCACCGAGUCCCAGAGCUUCGGCCAACUCGCCAUGACAAAGGAGUCCAAGGCGCUGAUCGGACUUUACCACGGGCAGGUGCGCUGCAAGAAGAACAAGUUCGGAACACCUAAACGAGAGGUCAAGACGCUGGCGGUGCUGGGCGCUGGGCUCAUGGGAGCUGGGAUCGCCCAGGUGUCCGUCGAUAAGGGCCUGAAGACCAUUCUGAAGGACACGGCACAGAAGGGCUUGGAUAGAGGACAGCAGCAGGUCUUCAAGGGGCUCAACGGCAAGGUCAAGAAGAAGAAUCUGACGUCGUUUGAGAGAGACUCCAUUCUCAGCAACCUGACGGGCCAGCUGGACUACAAGGGCUUUGAGAAGGCGGACAUGGUGAUCGAGGCUGUGUUCGAGGACAUUAACAUCAAACACAAAGUGCUGAAGGAGGUGGAGGCCGUGAUCCCUCCGCACUGUGUCUUCGCCAGUAACACAUCUGCCCUCCCCAUCAACCAGAUCGCUGCCGUUAGCAAGAGGCCAGAGAAGGUGAUCGGCAUGCACUACUUCUCCCCCGUUGACAAAAUGCAGCUGCUGGAAAUCAUCACCACGGACAAAACAUCCGAGGACACGGCUGCUUCCGCCGUCGCCGUUGGCCUCAAACAGGGCAAAGUCGUCAUCGUGGUGAAGGACGGGCCUGGCUUCUACACCACGCGGUGCCUGGGGCCAAUGCUGGCCGAAGUGGUCCGAGUUCUCCAGGAGGGCAUUGACCCAAAGAAAGUAGAUGCCAUCUCCACGGCUUUCGGCUUUCCCGUGGGCGCCGCCACGCUGAUCGACGAGGUGGGUGUGGACGUGGCCAUGCACGUGGCCGAGGACCUCGGCAAGGCCUUCGGCGAGCGCUUCGGAGGAGGCAACGUCGAGCUGUUCAAGCUCAUGGUGCAGAAAGGCUUCUUAGGUCGCAAGGCAGGGAAGGGCUUUUACGUUUACCAGGAGGGCGUGAAGAACAGGAGCGUGAACUCCGGCAUGGAUGAGAUCCUGGCGCAGUUCAAAGUGCCGGCCAGACCCGAAGUCUGCACUGACGAGGACAUCCAGAUGCGCUUGGUGACGAGGUUUGUGAACGAGGCGGCCAUGUGCCUGCAGGAAGGGAUCCUCAGCAACCCCAUGGAGGGAGACAUUGGUGCUGUGUUCGGCUUGGGCUUCCCGCCCUGCCUGGGAGGUCCCUUCAGGUACGCGGACUCGUACGGAGCCAAGCAGCUGGUGGACAAGCUGCGCAAGUACGAGGCGGUGUACGGCAGCCAGUUCACGCCGUGCCAGCUGCUGCUGGACCACGCCAACAGCCCCGGCAAGAAAUUCCACCAGUGAGCGCGGCCCGGUGCCACCCCCUGUGACAGCUCGAGCCGGGACCCCGGCCUCCCAGCGACACCCCGUUCUCUGGAGGUUAAUCUGCGGUGCACCCAGGGAGGCAGGGGAGGAAGGAGGGAGGGGGCAGCGGAUCUGCCUCCUGGCUUCUACUCCUUUCAAGUGCCUUCUCAGCACGUCCGUCCCUGCCCGCGGGCCUGGGGGCUCCCUGCCGCACGGGAGAAUUCCUGCAUUCUGCUCCGCGCUGCGCCCUCCAGAGCUCCCGGUGUCGCGGGCAGCACCCGGCACCCAGCACCCAGCACCCAGCUGGCCUUGCCUUAAACCCCCAACAGAAAUAAAAACAACUCCCUGUCUCCUC